UGCUUCCGCCCGGUGGGUUUUAGCCGGAGCACCGCGAAGGCGGGCGGUACAGGCAGCCAUGGGCGAUCUGCUGGUGGUCCUGAAGCGCGGGCUGCAGCAGAUCACCGGCCACGGCGGCCUGCGUGGCCUUCUGCGGGUUUUCUUCAGGGCAAAUGAUAUAAAGAUUGGUAGAUUGGUGGGAGAAGACAAACAUGGAAACAAAUACUAUGAGGACAACAAGCAAUUUUUUGGCCGUCACCGAUGGGUCAUGUAUACCACUGAAAUGAAUGGCAAAAACACAUUCUGGGAUUUGGAAGGAAGUAUGGUGCCUCCUGAAUGGCACCGCUGGCUUCACUGCAUGACUGACGACCCUCCAACAACAAAACCACUGACUGCUCGGAAAUUCAUCUGGAAAAACCAUAAAUUCAACUUGACUGGCACUCCGGAGCAAUAUGUUCCUUAUUCCACCACGCGAAAGAAGAUUCAGGAAUGGGUCCCACCUUCGACACCUUACAAGUGACAACAGUGGAGCCCGCUUCUGGCAUGUACAGGAUGGUGCAGUACUUCCUUUGGAAUCACACCUCUACAGCUGACCAUGAACGUGAUUAAAGUUGCUUGACCAAGCA